AUGUGCAUCUACAAACGGGUUUUUUUCAAAUGCAAUCAUGCCGCUUGGACCGGCCGUGUGAAGCAGUGCACGGUUGGUGAGGACUACCAGCAGCGUGGCAUAGCCCAUGAAUGCAUGAUCAAAGAAGGACAUCCGUGGCAUUCUUGGAGGUUGUUUAAGGAUUGCGAGAGAUGCAGACUAAAGAAGGCCUGUGAGGCUUUUUUGGCCAACAUCCGGGGAUACCAUGAGGAGUGCAGCAAGGUGAUCUUGUCCCAUCCGACGAACGAAGGCGAGAAAUGUGCUAUUAAGCCUAUGGAUGGAGAGGACAUGGAGCAUGAAGGGAAUCAUGAUGCGGAAUCUCACCAGGAUUCUAAACCAAAUUCUACAACCGAAGUAGACCAGGGUUCUCGAGAGACGGACAAUCUGGACUCUGAACCAGAUUCUGCUACCAAAGUCGACCACAAUACUGGAGAGACGGAUAGCCAGGACUCUGAACCAGAUUCUACGACCCAAGUCGACCAAGAUUCUCGAGAAACUGAUAAACAGGACGGUUGGAUCUAUUCGCUCAACGGCCGUCUUCAAAGCUAUGGGAAAGAAGUGGAAAGAGAUACUGAAUCCCCAAGUCUGCCAGACACCGAGAAAAUCGAACCUCGAACCUUGGCCGAGAAAGAUGGCUCCGCAGUUAUACCCUCUCAUCCCUUAGAACCGUUCAGAAGCUGCAUUCCGCAGCAACGAAAGACCGACAGCCAACUCCCAGAAGCACUUCCGAAGACGAAAAUCCCGGGAACACCAAGCGACACGAAAAUACCGAUCAGCCAAAAGUCAAAUACUGCGUCAGACAAAGAUCGAGAGACCGCGAGAACCACAUCAGCUCUUCCAAUCCUUCGUGCCAUUCCUAAGCCUAAGCCAAUAGACGUUGCAGUGGACAGCCAUCACUCAAGUCCCACACCCCGACUAUCUAUACCAAUAGCCCGCAAAUCAUCGAUUGCAAAAGUUGUGCGACUUCCUCAGCCGACUAGGGCGAUGAAUUCCGGCUUGUUGAAGGUACCGGACAGGACUCUUAUCUAA